UCCUGCAAAAACAUUCUCCUCCUCCUUUCUACAGCAAGUGCACCAGCAGCAAUGGCUUCAAUGUCUUCCAAUUUAUCUCAGAAAGUCAAUACGCGAAACUUUUCAAGACCCAUUUCGCCUUUUGUCUCCAAGAUCACUCUCAGACCAACCUAUAGCCAUUUUCGAUCAAAAACGACAAUAAAAAACUGUCGCCCUCUGCAAGCUUCUUCUUCUUCUCCGCCGCCCAUCAGAUUUUCGGGGAAGAAAAGGGUAGAUGAAAGUGAAAGCUUAACUCUAGACAGCAUAAGACAUUCUUUGAUUCGACAAGAGGAUAGCAUUAUAUUUAGCCUUUUGGAGAGGGCUCAGUAUUGUUACAAUGCUGACACCUAUGACUUGGAUGCGUUCUCAAUGGACGGUUUUCGGGGAUCUUUAGUCAAGUUUAUGGUCGGGGAAACUGAAAAGCUCCAUGCCCAGGUAGGCAGGUACAAGAGUCCUGACGAGCAUCCUUUCUUCCCAGCAUUCUUACCUGAGCCAAUGCUUCCACCUUUGCAUUACCCGCAGGUUCUGCAUCCGUGUGCUGAUUCAAUCAAUAUAAACAACAAAGUUUGGAAUAUGUAUUUUAGAGAUCUUCUUCCCAGAUUAGUUAAAGCAGGAGAUGAUGGUAACUGUGGAUCUGCUGCUGUUUGUGACACCGUCUGUUUGCAGACGCUCUCAAAGAGAAUCCACUAUGGCAAAUUUGUUGCAGAGGCAAAAUUUCUCGAGUCGCCUGCUGAAUACGAGGCCGCUAUUAAAGCUCAAGAAAGAGCUCAAUUGAUGGAAUUGCUGACAUAUGAAACAGUGGAAGAAGCAGUCAAGAGGAGAGUAGAAAUGAAGACUAAAACAUUUGGCCAGGAGUUUAGGAUUAACGAAGAGAAUGAUGCAGUUAAUCCGGUUUACAAAAUCAAGCCGCGCUUAGUUGCGACUCUCUACGGGGAUUGGAUCAUGCCUCUGACAAAGGAAGUUCAAGUUGAAUACCUGUUGAGAAGAUUGGAUUAGACUGAGUACUUUGUAAAGAAAGGUUACUUUUUAGAUCCUAAUAAUAAUAAUAAU